GAAGACAGAUAUGCCUAUAUAUACCCCAGGAGCGGCAGGUGGAAGACAACAUACCAACACUUGGCAAACAGAUCCAAGUUGGACAACAUCGCCAAAGACGGGAGAGACAGAGCCGUGUGAGAACCUUACCAGGAAGACGACUCCAAAGACGCACAUUUGAGCAACUACUUGUGACUUAUACGCUUCCUUUAGAAAAAUGGCCAUAAUGCUGAAGCCCUGGACAGUCCUGGUUGCAGUCGUCCUGUGUGUAUUAAUCUGUCUUGGGACCUUUGUGGACGCGUACCCGCCCAAGCCAGAGAACCCCGGGGAGGAUGCGCCACCCGAAGAGUUGGCCAAGUACUACACGGCACUGAGACAUUACAUCAACCUCAUUACAAGGCAACGGUAUGGCAAGAGGUCGACACCAGCUGAGGGCGUGCUCUCAGAGCUUCUGUUUGGGGACAGCACCGAGCAUAACCAGAGAUCAAGAUACGAUGACUCCUACAUGUGGUGACUCCCCCCAUCCCAUCGUUCUGUCUGUUGAUCUUCGCCAUGACGAUGGGUGGAGCCCACCUGUGCCUCACACCGCAACCUUCCACAGCUGUCCAACAACACGUGGUUGUCUGAGAACAUUUGUCCAACAGUUUUACAACAAAACCUCUCUCUUCUUCUCUGCCUCUUAUCUGUCCCUUUCUGUGUCUUUCUCUCUCUCUCUUUCUUCCUCUAUCUCCCUCUCUCUCUCUCUCUCUCUCUCCCUCUCUCUCUCUCUAUCCCUCUGUCGCUUAUUGUCUACCCCAGUCUCUGAGUCCCUCCUCCUCCUCCUGCCUUAUUGUCUUUCUAUCUCUCUUGCUAUUACACCAUUACAUUGCAUUUCUUUCACAAAGAAAAUUGUACAUAAUUUAUUAAGGCAUAGAAAGUUAAAACAAACAAUGUAACUGUACCAGUAAACAUCUCUAUGUCUUACAUAAAAUUCAUCUUUUUUGUUUGUACUGUACAAAUGAUUAUAUUGUACGUGAUUAAAGUUUAUUGGAUGAGUCAAACUGG